AUGGAAUCAUCUUCAACGGCUACUAGAUUCCGAUUCAGAGAAUCCGAGAAUUCAAACGACUCCGACUCCAGCAGCUCUUCCAUUUACUCUGACAACGGCGACCACGGCUCCAAUCUCCAUUCCAUGGCCGGAAAGGGAAUAAAGCGCCUUUGUGCGGAAUUAUUGGAGAUACAGGCAUUAUCGGAUGAUGAUUUUCAUCGAAACAUCUUCUCUAAUUAUUCUGCGUUUCUCGGAGUAUUUGAGGAAGUAAAGGACAUGGAAAAGGAGCUGAUAAAACUUAAAACGCAAGUUUCUACACAAAAAGGGCUAGUAAAAGAAUUGAUUGACGGCGUGUACUUGAAGUUGUUAUCAGAGGAAACAAUAGAAUCAAUCAUGGAAGAAUCUGAAAUGGACGAGCCACCUCCCUCAAAUCAGUUGGAGGUUCACAUCGAUGACAUUUUAGAAAUUCUGGACACUCUGCUGUCAGAAAACAGGAUAGAUGAAGCAAUAGCCAUUUUAGAAACGGAGGAAGAGAAUUUUAAAAGAGUGGAGGUUGAAUUAGGCGAUGUGCCAUCGGAUGUUUUGAUGCUAUACAAGUCUGUGAUUUCUGAGAGGAAAGCAAUGCUUACGUUGGAUUCAACUCUGGUAGCUGAAAAUUCAAGAAUAAGUGCCCCUGAACUUCAAAAGGCGCUGGUUGGAAUCUGCAGACUAGGUGAAAGUCAUCUUGCAACUCAGUUAUUGCUGAGGUAUUAUCAUUCGCGUAUUGCUCGUGAAAUACAUGAUUUGCAGAAUUCAAAAGUGUUUUUACAUGGGGUGUACAUCAGGGAACUUUCGAGGUUUGUUUUUUCUAUGAUCUCUCAAGCUGCGAGGAGCUUUAUGAAGCUGUAUGGAGAAACUUCUCCUUUUUCUUCAGAAUUUAUUCAGUGGGUCUAUGAAGAAAUUGAAGUCUUUGCUGUUUCUUUUGCUCGAUAUGUUAUAUCUGUCUCAGAGGUAAGCAGCAGACUGUCCACAGCUGUAGAAUCUGUGCAAUUUGCGUUAUCAUAUUGCUCUUUGUUAGAAUCUCAGAGAUUGGUGUUGAGGCCAUGUUUGAUUGAGCAUGUUCGCCCUUGUAUGGAAGAUGUUCUUCUGAUACAUGUAGACCAUUUUAAGAAAGUCAUCGGCAUCUUCACUGCAACUGAUGCUUGGGUUUUAGGUAGAUAUCUUCGGUCUGGAAUUUUAAAUGAAAGCUGCUCUUCUAAUGUUAUUGGGGAACGACCAGAAUAUUGCCUUCUCACCAGUAGCGGCAGGAAGUUCGUAACUGUGUUGCAGGCUAUCACUGGAGAUGUUACCCCUUUGAUUGCACUUCAAUUGGAAGAUUCUAUCCUCAGAGGACUCAUGAACCUCUUCUCAGAGUACAUAGCUAUCCUUGAAAGAGCCAUCACCUCUAAAACAAAUGAUUCAGGCAUAAUUUUAUCAGAGACAGUGCCUCAACAAGUUUCUAUUCUGGCAAAUCUAUCAACACUUGAAAAUCUAUUCUCUAGCACUAUUUUAAGUGUUUUUGGAAGCAACAAUCCAAUUGAUUCUAGGCUAAUGAAAAACCAGUCAGUUGGUUUUCAUCAGCAGGAACUUGAAAGUCGUGUACUAUUCGUUCAAGAUGCAUCUGCUAGGCUAAAAGCUCAUUUCUUCCAGCAAUUUGUAUGCAGAAUGAUGUCUCCUGAAAUUGGCUGUAAACUGACCCCCCGAAAGUGCAUGGACAGUGAGGUUGAUCCUGGCCUGGUUCAUGAUUUGGUGCCCUCUGUUGCCUUUCAGGUGCUGUUUCUUGAACUGAGAAAACUAGGUAAACUUACAGACGAGGAUGUUUUUGAAAUGGAUUGGUUGAUGGAGCUAACGAGGGAAUUGAUUGAGGCCAUAUUUGUUUGGAUUUCAAACAACAAAGAGAUAUGGGGGAAUAUUGAAGAAAAUUUGAAUCUGGAACAUCCUGACAUUCGGAAUCAGUUCGUUCUGGACAUGCAUUUUCUGGCGGAAAUCAUAAGGUUUGGAGACUACUCCACCAAUCCCUUGGUUCCUGCAACUCUCAUGAAAUCAGUAUUCGAUUCAGCAGGACUGGAUCCUACAAGAGAUGCUGAUGAUGGAUGGAUUAUGAAAGCGGCAAUUGAAGCGAUUGAAAGGCUGGUGAAGAUUGAGGAAACAGAAUCACCUUCAGAUGAUGAGCUUGUAGGGAUCCCUGUACAGGAACCACCUGAAAACCAUUCUGAGCAUGCAAGUGAAACUGUAAAUGAUGAUGGCACACAUUUUUCAGAGGAUUCUCUAAUGUUGGAGGAGAAUGCAGCGACCACAGGCGCAUCAGAAGUCUCCAUUGGCAAGGGAAACGCGAAUUUGAAUGGAGAGUUGAACCAUGCUGGACAGUCCCCAGAUCUCUCGAAAGACGAGGGUUGUCCUAUUAAUAACGGUACAGCAUGCCUGACCGAUGUUUUUGGAAACAUGGAAGAUGUUGAAUCUGGAAAUGCAGCUUAUGAUAGAUUUCAUUUCGAUCAGGAAACCAUCUUACCACACCUUCUGUUUUCAGAGACUGUCGAUGAAGCUUCUGAAGUAGGGUUACCAACUGAGGAGGUGCCUCUGAGUCAACAUAAUGAGGCCGAGGUUUUCGUUUUUGAGCAAGGAGAUGAUGUUGCCAGGGAGUGA